GCCGUUUUGUGGAAAGCGAUUGAGGUCAAGACUGACUUCCAAUUUCCACAACUCUACGACGGUAUAAUCCCACCCUUAAUAUAUUACCUUUCCCCUCGCCCUCCCCCCUCCCACGCACUUCAGUGUCUUGUCACAACCCAUUAAAGGUUUGCGCAUUAAAUGAUCUGCCUGCAUUGAAUCGCUUUCCGAUACCAAACGCUCGACUACCUUGGUGGCCAGCCUGUACGGGCGCAAUCAAGAUAUUCCCUUAAGUCAGAAGCGUCAACCUCAUCUCCCUUGAUAGACAAAUGCUAACACCACCGCAAAUACAGUUUCUGUUCCUCCCAACCCCUCUGCCACGAUGGAUUUUGAAGCCGUCCAUUCCAAAUAUGUCCAAGGACGCGUGUACUGGCUAGUCAUCCACCUCCAGAAAGUCGCUCCACCAUUCGCCACCAGUCCCACGAUGAUACAACGUGUCCAACCCGACGACAAUGUUGGUCUCAUUGUCGACCUUCAUACGCCUGGUAUAAAUGUUACAAUGGCAACUGGAAAGGCUAUAACCGUUACCGUGCAGAAUCUAAGUUUCAAGCUAGAUUGUACGCGGGGGGUUAAGCUGGUAGAGGAUCCGGCAAUGCGAUUCCAGCUCCAGGUGGACGUAAAGAAGCUGAAGGAGCAUGAGUUCACAGUUCAGGUCACAGUUGGGACGGAUGAGGUAUGCAAUACAUGGCCUAGCGCACCUCCUUGAUCGAUGCUGCUAAUGGAGGGUUAGAAUGAUACACCAGCCGUGCGUGAAGUCAUGGACUUGAUUUGCAAGGGAUUCGACGCUAUUGAGAAUCGUUAUCCUGAGGACGAAAGAGAGUGUCUUGACAGCCACGAAGAACUCAAGAUGCUUGCCCUGUUCCCGGCCUUGUUUGAUCGUUAUUCAGUAGCGUGUAAAGCAAAGACUCAGCAAGAAGAAGUAGAUACCUGAUGCCGUCGUAUCCAAGAAAACGACCAGAAACGAAACAUUGCUUUCAACGGCUGGACUAUUCCGCUCCCUCUCUCCGAAGGUUGUUGUGAAAUAGUCAAGUCAGGAAUUCUGAAGGGUGAGAUUGAGAUGGAGGAGAAAGGAACCCUAACUCAAAUUGGUGAGAUGAGGCUGAGGAGGCGCCAGGCUCGAGAACAAAUGAGAGAAAGCGUAUUAGAGGGUUAAGCAUGGAUUUGGAAGGAGACGGGAGCGACAUUGACUUUCAAGUUGCCAUCGACACUGUAGCUUGCAACUUGACAAUAGAUAGAAACCGGUUAGUGCUCCUGAUAUUUGAUCCUUUGUGGUCUUGCUGACGUUCUUUUUCCCAGAUAGGAAUGGAAGAGGUGAUGAAAUUAGAUAAUACGUGGAUGGGUGGAUGAUAUGUUCAUUGUUGGCUAGAAAAUGGUGUAAGUCUUUAUCUUUUUCGAGUACUAAUACAACUGUGAUAUUGAUUCUAAAGCAGGCUACACUCAUAGGAACAGCUGUAUUCUUCAUCAGCUCUCAAAUGUUUUACAACUAUGUUCCCUUGAACUCUUAUAACACGACCUCGGCAACAAGAGUUUCGUUUCUCUUCGGUUUCUUUUACGUGACAAGUACAGCUUUUCACUUCGGCUUUUUCUUUCGGAGAUUUCGUUUUCAAGUUCAACAAUAAUAGCAAGAGGCUUAAGAAUAUUCA